AUGGAUCAUCAACAAGUGAACAACUGGAACUUCCAAUCAUGGAACGAAGAUACGAUCGACCCUUCAUGGUUCGACAACUUCCUCGCUACAGAUGUCGGCCAGGGUGCGACUAACGCUGCACCUGAUGCUCCUGCCGCAUUCAGCAUCGACGACGACUUGGCAAUCGACCCGAACUUCCAAGACUUUACGUUGGAAGACACAUUGCAACCAUUGAGUGGUAUGACUUCACCAAGUUAUCCAUUCGACGCGUACCAGCCGACUGAGUUUCACGAGCGCCCACAAUCGCAGCGUCAUCACACACUCCCCCGCCGUCGAAGCAAGUACUUUAAGCGAAGAUCAACGGGCACUGUCAGCCCGAUGGUGAUACCGAGUGGAAGUCCUCGACACGAAGAGGGUCAGUCAUUGGCCAUUCAGCGCUGGCGGAACUCGCCGCCUGAAGACGAGGCCGCAUCUCUGUCGGCCAUCUACCAUGCCUUGGAGGACAGACCCAUAGGCCACUCACCACGUAUCAGUCGGCCGUCCAGUGGCGACGCGUUCCGCAAGUAUCGCGGCCCUUCCUCUACCACGAGUCUCGAUAGCGCUGCAAGCGAAUCCUCAUUACGAUCCGCGAAUUCGAGCCGCUCCGCCACGUCGCAAUCGAAGCGUCGCAGUCAAGCCAAGACAAGAAGCAAGGGAAGAGUCAGAGGCAAUAUGCUGGAUCCUGAUCGUAUAUUCAAAUGUACCUUCUGUUGCGACACCUUCAAGCACAAGUACGACUGGAAGCGACACGAGAUAUCGCUACAUCUAAACCUCGAAAGCUGGAUGUGCACGCCGCAUGGAGCUUCUGUGGUGCUACCUCUUACGGGUAGAGUACACUGUGCCUACUGUAGUGCACUAGAUCCAACACCCCAGCAUCUGCAGAAACAUAAUCACGCGGCAUGCACGGACGGCAGCAACAGCCCGCGUAUCUUCCACCGCAAAGAUCAUCUCACGCAACACCUUCGUCUAGUCCACGGACUCGAAACGCUACCUCUCAUCGACGACUGGAAACUUGAGACUCUGCCAGUGACAUGUCGCUGUGGUAUAUGCAAUGCCAAUCUAAGUAGUUGGGAUGAGAGAGCAGACCACCUCGCCGCACAUUUCAAAGAGGGCAAAACCAUGGCCGAUUGGAAAGGCGAUCACGAUUUCGAACCGGCUGUGGCUGCCCGUGUCAUCAAUGCGUUUCCACCCUACCUACUGGCCGAACAAGCGAAGACUGUCGUACCCUUCUCUGCCACGAAUCCCGGAUCCAUCGAUCAUACAAAGCAAAUGAUUUCGCAGAUCCAACGGGAAGAAUAUCAACGGGAAGAAGAGCCAGUCCAAGAGUCUCCGAAAGAGGUUACCCAGACACCGGACCAUCAAGCUUUCGAAGACUCUUUGGAAGCUCUCCGAAACCUUUCUACGCAGCACGAUUAUGACUUUGCGAAGGUUUUGACGCGCCAUCUUAGUCGAUUUGCGAGACAGCAGAUGUUGUCGGGUAUUAUACCGACGGAUGAGAUGUUUCAACGCGAGUCGCGGAGGUUGUUAUACCAGGAUGCGGAUGAUGCGUGGAACCAAACAGUAGCAGACAACCCGAAUUGGUUGCAAGAUUUUCGCCGUCGCAGUGGGCUUGAAGGAAGCCCUAGUACAUCAUGA